UCACGCAAUCAACAGAGUACUCCGCAGCACUGGAGGAGUCAUCGUCAAGAGGAGACAAGUGUUUGGUCUGGAGUUAAUUUAGUGCGAUUUUCCCGCAGGUUGCAGUGCCUUAACGAUGUCCUCGACCAUCGAAAAGAACGAAUAUCCGAAGGCUUCAAAUGCUUUGGUAGCUGGAGCCAUCCUAUCAUACAUUGCGUCGAUAUUUCUGAUGAUGAGCUUUUGCUCGCCGUAUUGGAUCGAAUCGUAUGAUGAGUCCUUCAGUCAGUUUAAGAACAUGGGUCUAUGGGAGUACUGUUUCAAGGACUUCAGCUAUCCGAACUAUCAGUUUCCGAAGUUGUUUAACGGGUGCCACCACAUCUUUAGUCAGGAAUACUACGUCAUUCGGGAGUACCUGUUGCCGGGAUGGUUGAUGGUGGUUCAAGCUUUGGUAACGCUUUCAUUUCUUUGUACGUUUGGAUCAUUGAUUAUUAUGGCAUGUGAGAUGGUAAGAUGGCCAUUGAAGAUGGUGCUACGCUACGAGUGGAUGCUGACUUCGAUUUCAUUCGUAGGAAUCGGUUCCUCAUCGUUUUUCAUGUUUCUGGCUGUGGCCGUCUUCGGAGGAAACGCCUAUCGUCGCGACUGGCUCAUGUACCCGAAGUUCAACGUUCUUUCCUGGUCCUAUGCUCUGGCGGUGGUUUCCUUCAUGAUCCUUGGUCUGGCAGCGCUUCUGCUCUACAAGGAAGCGAAAAAAUCCUAUGAACUGCGCCGAGAGGCCAAGAACUUGGUGAUGCAAAUGCAAAUGCAAGAACCUGGCUACCACCCGUCGCACCACACCAGCCGAAGUCUGCAGAGCGGUGGCUACAUAUAAGUGAAUUUGCUUCCAGAAUGAUGGUUGAACCGGGCGUGCUGUUCCAACAUCACGCAUCAUCAACCUUAGAAUUGCUUAGUAUUAGGUGUGUCUCGAAUCAACGGCUGCACAGAAACGUAAGGCGGUAGCUAAAUCCAGCAACUUCGCCACCAGAAGCGACCUCAACGAAUAAAUCGUCUAAUUGUAAAACACACACAUCAUCAUCAAUCAGUCCACGCACAAGGGACAUAAAAACGUUGCACUAAAUGUGGCCUUAAUCAAAACACACGCAUGCACGCGCCUACAUGAACGCCGAGCACACAUGUGAACAAUAACGUCACCACCAUGGCUACACGUGCCGAAGCGUAUUAAUUUCGAAUUUUGUGACUGCCAACUUUCUAGGAGCCUAUCCUGUUUCGGCGAAAAGCAGAUACGAGUUAGUAUGGGAGGAACCACAUUGACUUUUUCCAAUUAGUGCAUUUAGAAGACAUUUUACGAUGGCACCGAAGCAGGUUUCUAAUUAGCAUGCUUUCCUUUUUGGUCGAUCCUUUUUUUUAUGUGUUGGCCAUGUGGCCCUACCUGUGUACUAAUUUUACGUAACGCCGUCCGUUCUUUAGUAAUACGCAUAGUUUAUGUAUUUGUAGUGCAAAGGAUGCAAUCUCGAAUAAAUUCCAUUUAGUUGAUAAGGUUGUUAACGAAACUCGUUUCAAAGUUUAUUUCUAUAGUAACGAAACAAAUAAGACAAUUUUAGGAAUCUCAGUUCUUUUACUUUACCGUCCAUUUGAUGCUAUGUUGAAGUCUAUAGCUAUAACAUGUAGCAAUUAUUGGUUUGAGAUUCGAACUGUAAGCUUUGGAAACACUUUUACGAUCAUAUUUUAUUAUACACACGAUAGCGUAGGACUAGCCAUCCUUAGGGUGGCUUUUGUAACACACUUUUUUAUCUGUAUUAAACAAUAUACAUCUUACAUGUCGGAUGCAAAUAAAUGUUGUAAUAAAACGAA